AUGAAUUUAGUAGAAGCAGAGGGGCCUGAAAGCACACAGUCCAUCAACAAGGCAAGGAAGCAACGGCGCAGGUCCGGGGGAAGGCCGCCCGCCCGAAGCCGCCGAGGCGAGGCCCGGCCGCGGCCCGCGCAGCGCGCGGCUGACCUCCGCCAUGUUGGCCGUACACCCGGCCGCACAACAAAGACUGCGCGAGGGCGCGGGGCCGGAGCCUCGGCGCGCCCGCCCGCCCUCCACCGCCUCACACGGCCGCUCUCGGCUGGGCCCGCCCGGGGCGGCCGAGACAAAGGCGCCGCGGCUCCGCGAGGGACCCGCCGGCCCUCCCCGGGCCGCCGCCGGCUCCUCCCUCCAGGCCGCCCGCUUACCUGUGGGCGGAGAGCGCGCCGCGGACCCCGGCCCCGUCUAUCGCGCCCGGUCGCCAGCUGCCGCCGCCGCCACCGCCGCCGCCACGGGCCGCGCCUCCACCUCUCCCAGCGCCGAGACCGACCGGACACCCUGGGCCGCCGCCCUCGAGAGCGCGCCCGCCCGGCAGCCCGGCUCCCCUGCCGCCGCCGCCGCCGCCGCCCCGCGCGUCCUCGAGCCCGCCGCGCGCGCCCGCUAAACACCACACACUGCGGCGGCCGCCAUGAGCGGGCGCGCGCGGAGAGCCCGUUGGGGCGGGGCUUCCCACGGCCGCGCAGGCGCAGAGGCGGCCGGCGGCUUCGGCCCGCGCGCCCGCCGCGGUACUGGUUCCCGCGGUGGCGGUUGGCGUCGGGACGCUUCGGUUACCGGAGCUGCGCCCCGAGCAUGCCCACGAGGCGGCUGUGCGGUCUCCGGCCCUUCUGUGGGGCUGACUGGGUUUGCGCCUCUCCUCUCCCCGGGCCCGCGGCCUGUAGCGGCCGCCACGACCCCACGCUGGAAGAAGAGAGGGCCGCGCCUCCGGGGAGGCUGGUUGGAAGCUAGCCAGUUAGAAGCACGCCUUUUCUUCUGCAUCCCCUCUCAUCUAGAAAGCUCCUCGUUGGGGACUGUCCAUCCUGCUGCUUUAAAUUAAAAAAAAGGGGGGGGGGGCAGGCACUGUGGAGCACGCCUGUGACCCCAAGCACUCGGGAAGCAGGAACGGGAUCGCCACAAGUUUGGGGUCCAGUCGGGUCUAUAGCUAUGUAGAGAGUUCUAGGGCUUCACGGUGAGACCCUGUAUCUAAAAUGAUAAAAUGAAAACCUCCUCUUCGGGGCUAGGGAUGUAUUCGUGAGGAGUUCCUGCCUAGGAUGAGACUCCCCAAUUGCGGGUGAAGGGGUGAAGCCUUUAAAUUGGACCCUGUGGAGUGAGGCUGUGAGUGUGGAGGGCAGAGGGACAGCUUGUGGGUUCUGGGGCUGGAAGGCAAGUGGUGAGCCCUGGUGGCAGGGCCUCUGCUGAGCCAUCCCUGUUACCAGUCCCCGCUACAACUUUUUGGAUGGGUGCCUGAGUCUGACCAAGUUCCUGAGUGGAUUUCCAGGGAAGAACUAUGGACAUGGAAUGCUGUGUGCAAACAAAGUACUUUUUAGAUGGGGUUUCAGGAAAGUCUCCUCGCAGCCGAACCAUCAGCACAAACACCGCCCCAGCCAGAACCCAAAUUGUACUCAAAGGCAGAAUUUUCAGCUUCCCUCAGCAUAUACAUAGUCUGUGCCUGCGUUGAUACUUCUGUUUUCAAUCUAAUAUUUUUCUUAUUGUGGCCUUCCUCUGGGACCAUUAGCACAUCCAGUUGUCAAAGUUGUUUUUUUUUAAAGAUGUUUUUAGCCAAAAGCACCAUAUACUCCUAAUAUGUUGGUCCUCAACGUCCAAAAGCUAGAUGAAGAGUUUGCGUUAUGUAGAUCCACAAAGAUUUUAGAUUUUAGUAGGGUUCUUGUUUAUUUCAACAAAUAUUUAUUUACACAGGCCGUCUAAAAUAAUUGUCAUAUACUGUGCUUAGCCAGACCUUACCAAAUAGGAAGACAUUCAUUCACUCUCCCAUUCAUUGAACAAAUGAUAGUCACCACGAUAGUCCUGAGAAUACAGAACUAUUGGCUGGGCACUUAGGAAGUACUUAUAGUCUUGUAAGAGACACAAACAUCCAGUCUCAUAAACAUACCCCUAUUGCUGUGAAAAAAAUCCCCAAAGAUGGGGAUGUGAGAUAUGAGUGCACAGGUGUAUGGCACAAAGCUGAAGGAUAAGGAAUUAGCCAGAUUGGAGGGAGCCUGGAAAUUGUGGGGACACUAAUGA